CACAUGCCAAGGAGCCAGCCUCCAGGAAGCACUGCAGCAGGAAAUGAAGGCUUAAAAUAAGGCCUUGAAGGAGACCUCAGCUUUGCCCAGUUCCCUCUCUCUCUCCAAAGGGAAGCAACCAACCAAAGAAUUCUUCACCUUUCUGCCCGACGGGAGUGACUUCUCUAUUUCUACCAACGGCUCAAAUUUGUGAAACUUCCUGGGAGCUUCUCUUUCCCCUUACUUCUCUCGCUCUCUCUUUCUCCAACGCAAUCCUUGCUCCGAGACACGCAAUGCCAUGAUGUGCAGUUAUUUAAUGUAGCUGGCAGGCCUUGACCACUUCCCACGUGGACCUUUGAGCACAGCAUUAUGUGGACCUUGUGGGCCUUUGCUGGUCUCUGGAUGCUGGUUGGAGAGGCCAACGCGGUAGGACCAUCUGCUGGAUCGUGGGAUGUCAAGAUCUCCGCAUCUACCCACUUGGACAACAGAGGAUACUUGGUGAAGAGGUUGGAUGGAGCCUCACAAGUGGAUUGUAGGGAAGUGAAGAAGCAGAACGGCUCUGGACGCUGCACCUUCAUCCAGAACAACCCGGACUGCAAGAUAGACGACGGGUUUCUCAACUACCUCAACGGAGUCUUCUGUGUCUUCCCUCAUUCUCUGCAACCUCUGGCUGUGGUUCUCUACAUUCUCUGGUUGCUUUACCUCUUUGUUAUUCUUGGAGUGACAGCCGAGAAGUUCUUCUGCCCUAACUUGUCUGCUAUCUCUACCAAGCUGAAGCUGGCCCACAAUGUGGCAGGUGUCACCUUUCUGGCCUUCGGGAAUGGCGCCCCAGAUGUUUUCAGCGCAGUGGUGGCUUUCUCUGACCCACGGACAGCUGGCCUUGCUAUUGGAGCUCUUUUUGGUGCCGGCAUCUUUGUCACCACCAUUGUGGCCGGUGGUAUCGCCCUGGUGCGGCCCUUCAGAGCAGCCUCCAGGCCGUUCCUGCGAGAUGCCGUCUUCUACAUGGUGGCGGUCUUCCUGACGUUUGUGGCCCUCUAUUUUGAGCAGGUCACCCUGGGAGAAGCCUUGAGCUACCUUGGGCUGUACAUCUUCUACGUCCUGACGGUGGUCAUCUCAACGUGGCUCCACAAGAGACGGCGCAGGGAGAGGCUGGCCCCUCCCAGUUCCACAGAACCAGAGCUUCCAACAGAUGCUGAGCUCCCCUCAGACUCAGGAGAGGACUAUGGUGAGUUGAAUGCAGUAGUUGCCGGUUCUUGCUUUGAGAAGAGCCUGAAUCCUGGGCUGGCCCACUUACAAUCCAUCACAGGCCGCCGAGGCCCUCCUCCCCUGGCAGCUACCCACUCAGAUGAGGAUUCUGCUUGUGCAGCCCUGAUGUGGGCAGCUGCCAGAGGAGGCAGGGAAGAGAAGCCCCAGGUUCUUCCCAGACUGGACAGCCACCAGACACGGAGGAACCUGGGCAGCCCACAACCGAUUCUGCCAGUGGAGAUCGUGCUGCUGCUGACGGUCCCUGUGGUGGAUCCCGACCGGGAAGAUCAAAACUGGAAGCGGCCCCUCAACUGCCUGCACCUGAUCACCGGCCCCCUGGUCUGCACGCUCACGUUGAAGUCUGGUGCUUACGGUCUUUACAAAAUCCAGGGGGUCUUUCCUGUGUGGGCCCUCGUGCUCCUCGUAGGGGCCGCCUUGGCUGGGAUCGUUUUUUGCACUACGAGAAAUGAUGAGCCCCCCUUGUAUCACUGCGUGUUUGCCUUCCUCGGUUUCCUGGUCAGCGCCUUGUGGAUCAGCACUGCGGCGACCGAGGUGGUCAACCUUUUGAGGACGAUGGGGGUCAUCUUCAACUUGAGCAACACCGUCCUGGGGCUGACGCUCCUGGCCUGGGGGAACAGCAUCGGGGACAUGUUUUCUGACCUCACCAUGGCUCGGCAGGGAUACCCCCGCAUGGCUUUCUCCGCCUGCUUUGGAGGCAUUAUAUUCAAUAUGCUCGUUGGCGUGGGACUCGGAUGUCUGCUGCAGAUGACAAGCACCAAAUCCGUGGUCAGGCUCGAAUCUGAAGGUCUUCUGGUGUGGAUCUUGGCCGGCGCGCUGGGGUUCAGCCUGGUGUUCUCUUUCCUGUCCGUUCCUGCCCAGUGCUUCCAGCUGGGCCGAGGGUAUGGCUGCUGCCUCAUUGUCUACUACCUGGUAUUCCUGACGAUUGCGCUGCUGACCGAAUUCCGGGUGAUCCAACUGUCAGCCUACUGACGGAAGAGGCUCUCCGCUCGGGUUUGGUUCAUAUCUCUGCGAAACGGAAUUGGUUUGGUUGUAAGACCAAGUCUCGGCUGGCAUGCAACCCAAAGGCGGGUAUUGCUGGAAAGUCCCGAACGGAUCCGGUGGUCGGAUGAGAGCGUUGCUGCUGCUGGAGAAGGAUGGAAGACACCGAUGCUGACCCAAACUUUGGAACAGUAAGCAGAGUCUUUGCAAAGCGACUGUGAAGUUGCUGUGGACUUUCAAACUCUAAGGAUCCCUUUUGAUGUUUGACAAUCUGAUGAGUCCAACGAGGGACUUUUUGCUCAGGAAUCUGUCAUUUCCCAGUAGGUAUUAAGUUUUCUAAGGAAAGGUACUAUUUAAAUAUGGAAUAGUGAAAAGUGUUUUUAAAAAGAUUUUUUUUAAAAAAAAAUAAUGAUAUGAAUUUAGCAGUAUUUUUUUUCAGAUCUCUUCUUAACUAGGGCUAGAGGUCUGAAGUUGUGGAAGGCGUUGCCUUAUAUAUGUGUCUGAGUGUCUUUGUUCUUGUAUGACCGUUGUCAGAGUGAUGUUUAAGAAGAAAGAGCACACCCUGUCAAGAGUUAAUGAAUCUUGUAUAAAAGCA